AUGUCCGGAGGCCAGGAAGGAACUGCUCAUAUCUCUCUCGGCGAAGAUAACUUCCUCACCGAAUACAACAAUCACGCUGUAGUUGGGCUGGGUACAAAGACUGAAUGGCACGUCAAGGCCUAUCAAAUCACUGACGACAGUCCCCCACUUUUCAUGAUCCUCAUGAAGAGCGAUGGCUCGACAGAAGAACGGUGUUUGACCCUAGAUACCAACCCUGGGGAGAGUGAAAACAACAUAAUGUUAGAACCACCAGAGACGCCGAGGCCAAAGACGUCUCAGUUAUGGACCUUUGAGGAAGCGAUAGUAAUGAAACGAUAUCCUCCAAUCAUGCUCGCCCGUAUUCAGAGCGUUGCUAGGCCUUGGCUCUCGGCCGCCAUCGGCGGCAACGUACCUUUACCAAGGCUUUAUCAAAACAUCGCAGGUACCCCGAAUGAGCCCGGGUCGGAAUCGCAGAGAUGGAGGGUUGACUACAUGUCGUUGGAUUAA